AGCUCUCUGCUGCGCACGCACUCAGGGUUCACUUGACACCAACCGCUGGUUUUGAGCGCAGCUAUAAAGCUCAGCAGCUGGAGAGGAUCGUGUGUAGAGUGGAGCCAGUGGAAGAUGGGCGAGAAGCUGGACAGAGGCGCGUUUGCAGAAGUUUAGUCAGGACGCGCGACUUGGAGCGAGCGCGGUGCCAUCCCGCGCAGACGCGCCGCAGAAAUGGCCGGGGCUGCGCUUUUACCGCUCUUCACUCAAUUUCUACUUUAUUUGACAUUAACAUCGUGCAUGGAGGUGGAUUUCUGCACACCUGUCCGCCUUGACCAGCAGAUGCGUGGGCAGCGUGUUGUGUUCAGGCUGAAUGCAUUCAGACAGGAGUUCUUCCUGCGCCUCAGGCCGGAUUCUAGUUUCCUCGCAGCAGGCAGCGGAUCUGCAGCAUCCAACGCUUCAGCUGACCUCAGGAGAUGCUUCUACUCCGGUGAUGUAAACGCAGACCCGGACUCCUUUGCAGCAGUCAGCCUGUGCCGGGGUCUGCGGGGGGGCUUCUCCUAUAAAGGCAUGGAGUAUUUCAUCACCACAAGCCCUGCAGCUGCGUCUGCUUAUGGAAACUUUUUGGAAACAUCUCACAUGAUCAGCCGCCGGGGGGUCGCGGUGCAUUCAGGGGCCAACCUCACCAGCAGGUGUGGAGUCAGCCCGGAAACCAACUUCAGCGUUUCUCUGGACAAAUACAAACACCUGAGUGAGCUGGACGCUGAUUGGUUGACAGAAGGCGUCCUUAAAUCCCUGGGGAGGUCCAAGAGGUUCGCCUCUAUCCCCAGGUUUGUGGAGGUGCUUGUAGUGGCGGAUCAGUCCAUGGCUGCAUUCCACGGGGAUGACCUCAAGCAUUACCUUCUGACCCUGAUGUCAGUAGCUGCCAGGCUAUACAAGCACCCCAGCAUACUGAACUCCAUAAACAUUGUGGUGGUUGGCUUCAUGGUGAUAAAUGAAGCUGACAAGGGACCAAAGAUUUCCAGCAAUGCUGCUCUGACGCUGCGCAACUUCUGCUCCUGGCAGAAGAAGUUAAAUAAAGUCAGUGAUAAGCACCCGGAGUACUGGGACACUGCCAUCCUGUUCACCAAGCAGGAUCUCUGCGGAGCCACGACCUGCGAUACUCUGGGGAUGGCUGACGUCGGCACCAUGUGUGACCCUAGGAGAAGUUGUUCUGUGAUUGAGGAUGAUGGUUUACCCUCUGCUUUCACCACUGCUCAUGAGCUUGGCCAUGUCUUCAACAUGCCCCAUGACAAUGUGAAGGCAUGUGAGGAAGUAUUUGGGAAACUGAAGGACAACCACAUGAUGUCUCCCACACUGAUUCAGAUUGACAGGAGUCGGCCUUGGUCAGUGUGCAGCGCAGCCAUCAUUACCGAGUUCCUGGACAGAGGUCACGGAGACUGCCUAUUGGACCAGCCUCAGAAGCACCUCACUCUCCAGGACAGCCUUCCUGGCUCCAGCUAUAGCCUGCACCGCCAGUGUGAGCUUGCCUUUGGUUCAGGCUCCACACCCUGCCCCUACAUGCAGCCCUGCACAAAGCUGUGGUGCACCGGGAAUGCUCGUGGACAGCAAGUCUGUCAAACCCGACACUUUCCCUGGGCAGACGGCACAAGCUGUGGCUAUGGUAGCAACAAAGUCUGCUACAGAGGCACCUGUGUUGAUAAGCACAGCACCAUGCAUGUAAAGGUGGAUGGCCGUUGGGGGAAGUGGGGUGCAUUUGGAGACUGUUCAAGAAGUUGUGGUGGAGGUGUUCAGUUGGCCAGGAGAGACUGUAAUAACCCUGUCCCUGAAAAUGGUGGGAAAUACUGCUACGGCCUUCGCAUUAAAUACCGCUCAUGUAAUCUCAACCCUUGUCCUGAAACUGGUGAGUUUAAUGUCUGCUUAAACCAGUAGAUCUCCUAAAUCUAUCUGUUAAAAAAAGUGAGUAAAACAAUGUAGGACUCGUUGUCCAGAUUGGUUAUUGUAACACGUGUUGUCUUAACUUGUCAGGUUGUGGAUGGGACGCCUUGUUCCCCUGACACCUCAGCCGUGUGUGUUCAGGGGAAGUGUGUGAAGGCAGGCUGCGACGGCAAGCUGGAAUCCAACAAGAAGUUUGACAAGUGUGGUGUGUGUGGUGGCGACAACAAAGGCUGCAAAAAGGUCUCAGGAAUGUUCACCAAGCCGGUUAACGGCUACAACUUUGUGGUGACGCUGCCCGUCGGAGCCUCCAAUAUUGACAUCCGCCAACGCGGGUACAGAGGAAUGGUCAGUGAUGAAAACUACCUCGCUGUGAAGGAUAGGCAUGGAAAUUACCUUCUGAAUGGAAACUACGUGGUGUCGGCCGCAGAGAGGGACAUGCUACUUAAAGGCAGCCUGCUGCGCUACAGUGGCACAUCCACAUCUGUUGAGAUUCUCCAGGCUACCAGACCUCUGCAGGAGCCGCUAACGGUGGAGGUGCUCUCUGUGGGGAAGAUGACUCCGCCGAGAAUCCGCUACUCUUUCUACAUCUCAAAGGAGCGUAAGGACGACAAGGUUCUACGGAAAGAGGAGAAAAGCCACAAAUCUCAAAACAGUGUCCUGACAGAUGAGAAAAACACCAAAAACAAGAACGAGGUGAUGGGUAAGAGACCCAUUAGCCACUGGGUAACAUCAUCAUGGGAUUCAUGCACAGUGACCUGUGGGAACGGUCUCCAGAAGAGGCUGGUACAGUGCCAGAGCACAGAAGGACGUCUUGCAACAGAUUGUGACAGUGCUAAAAGGCCUGAAGCAAUAAGAGCGUGUGGUGAUCCAUGUCCCAUGUGGGAUGUAGGGACCUGGUCUCCGUGCUCAAAGUCCUGUGGCAGAGGCUUUAAAAGACGCCCAGUGCGCUGCAUAACGGAGAACGGCCUAAAUCUGCCCAGAAACCACUGCUCUGGCAAGAGGAAGCCUCAGGAACUGGACCUUUGUAACUUGAUGCCAUGCUAGUGCAACACAGAUCCAAAGGAUUUACUGAGAUCAGGUGAAUAUGUCUCAAAAUAUCAAUAUGAUUCCACUGCAAUGUCAGUUGCAAAAACUCCUGAAUCAAAUCAAAUGUGAUGGGUUUUUGAUUCACCCUUGUCUUAAAACAAGUUAUCUACUAAAGGCAAGAAACGUCGAGCCCAUCAGUCAAAGGUCUCCAUUUAUGUUAGACUACCUCCAUCUGGACAUACCAGGAUGUAUGGGUGUUCUUUUAAGACGUGGUAUGUAUAUUGUUGUUACUUUGCCCAGCUGUCAAAGGGAGUGCUGUUCAAAUAUGUCUGCAUCAGUAAUUAGACGUUCCCAAACCACUGAGUUUUACGCCAGACUAGAGCGUUUGGUGAGACAUGAGGGAGAACCCUGACUUCAGGAUGAGCUUUAUUAUCUGUAGGCCUCAAUAUAAAUGGAAGAGCCAAUGCCCUGCGUAGCAGUGAGUAUUGGCAAAUUUUUAUAACGUCAAUUUUUCCAAGUUAA